AUGAACCAUAACGGCGGCGGCCCCAGAGGGGGCGGCGGCCGCAACGCCAAACGCCCGCGACCAGAUGGCCAUGCCCAUUCUCACGCAGACAGAGGCAGCCCACACAAGCGCGCUCGCGAGAACAACAGAAACAACCGCAACCCCCACCGCCAGAGAGCACCGCCGCAGCCAUCCUCCUCCGCCGCAGCGCCCAACCUCGCCGCCAUCACCGAGCUCCCCACGCCGCUCCCACCGCUCCCACCCAUCAAUGACCCCACCAACGCCACCCUCGCCUUCACCCAUACAUCCGUCACCAACUACGCGACCGAAACCUACGACCGACUGGAAUGGUACGGCGACUCGGUCAUCGAGAUGGCCGCGACGGACCUGCUGUGGGACAAGUACCCGUCGCUGCCCGGCGGCCGGCUGUCGCAGAUACGCGAGGCGCUGGUGAACAACGCGAGACUCGCCGCUUUCGCGCGGGGCUACGGGUUCGACGACAUCGUUUCAGGCAGCGGCGCCGACAAGAACGACGGUACUAGCGGUGGCAGCCGUUGCCGCCUCCGCAUCGACCCCCUCAGCUGGGCCAACGGCAACCAGACCAAGAUCCUCGGCGACGUCUUCGAAGCGUACAUCGGCGCCGUCGCGCUCGAGGACCGCGCCGCCAACAGGGCAGCAUCAUCAUCCUCUGCCAUCGACCCCGUCGACCGCACCACCCCUUUCCUCCGCGCCCUCUGGACCCCCUCCCUCUUGCCUACCCCGUCCUUCGCCGACGAGGACGACCGCGCACAGGAGGCCGUCAAGGCGGCGGCCAGCCGCGCGUUCGCUCCCUCGGGGACCGGCCUGAAGACGUGGUAUGAGGACGUGGGCGACAUGGAGUAUGAGAAUAAGGCGCAGCAGCGGUUUCGCGUGGCUUUUUACGUCAGGGGUUGGGGGCAUGAGCGGUUGAGGUUGGGCGAGGGUGUGGGACAGAGCAAGAAGGUGGCGAGGGCGAGGGCGGCGCAGGAUGCGUUGGAUAGGAGGGAGAGGGAGGUGGAGGUGAAGGAGUUGGCGGAGCAGGUGGAGAGGUAUUUGCUGGAGAGGAAGAAGAAGAGGGAGGCGGAGGAGGCGGAAAAGGCGGAAAAUGGUGGCAAGGGGGAAGUGGAGGUGGAAAGGGAUGGCAAGAAGGAGGUGGGGGAUAGUUAG